AUGCAUCUCACGCAGAUCAGGGAGUAUGCACUUGUAAAGUCACCGGUUUUUUCUUCCUUUUUUUCAUCGCCCCUGGCCAGCUCGGUCGGAGAGCAGCACGUUCGUGACGAGCCGCAAGGGCCCGAGAGUGAGCGCCCGAACAGCGCAUUCGCCAAAGAGUCAGGAAUCGCAUGCCUUCUGGAAAGCGAAAACCAUGUUUUGAAUGCAACGCAAAAGCAACUCAUCGCGGCCAUGCUUGCGAAUGCUAAUGACCUUAACCUCCCCAAGAAGCUGAAAUUCCACAUUUACGUAGGACGUGAAGAUGGACGCUCACAUGUAGUGCUGUGCAACUGCUGUGCGUACGAAUUUGCCGACCUGUUGGUCAAAAUACUGGAAAACUUCGACCGAUUCCGCCGUAACCCAGAGCCGAGAAUAGCGCGACGCAGUUGCGUUUCAAGCAUUGUAAAGCGGAUCAUAGAACAGAUAUCACCACUAGAAUACGAACAACGAAAUGCAGUACUGCCGCCGCCGCGAAAUGAAGUAUGGGACGCAACGCUUAUGUUCACUGCGGGGACAAUCCACCACCGGUCGCCCAAAGUCAAAUACCGGAGAAUAGUUGUCGCAGCCUCAGUCAUGCUGCUGUACGUGCUCAUGCCGCAUGAUUACGCCGUGAGGCACCUAGGACGUGUCAUCAGGACGGCCGAUCACCAGUCUCUGAUCGAGUUAUCCGCCAUUAUAGACACGCUGGUGCUCAGCUUCCCAAAGGAGGUUGACGUGUGGAGCCUCAAGCUGUACUUGGUCAAAGAGUUUCUCAAACGUCUGAAAGCGAAAGGCGCAUACCUGAUCAAUGGCGUCGAAAGGCUGCUCAGUAGCGAUUGCAUGGGGAUAGAAAGUUUCCUGCUUAAGAUUACGAAGAAAAACAAAAUGAACGGCCGUUUGUCCUGGUUCCUCAGGCUCCUCCACGAUAACGUGCGGACUCUUGCGGUGAGAAAUCUGCCAGCUAAUGUGAAAAGCCGCGUAAUUGAACAAAUAGAGCGGUACUUCAUUAAACUCUACUCCGCGUUGCUAGUUGCCAACGACGGUUAUCAGGGCAUCUUCUACAUUUAUUACAACAUCGUUCGCGACCACCCAGAAAGACUGAAGAAGCUGCGCGCCAUUUGUGAGCAGGCUGACAGGAACGAGUCGUGGGAAGCGAACCUCGAGAUAUUAAACAAGGCAGCCGAACGCCAAGCAAUCUCCGCUCAGCGGAGUGUAUGA